CUCAUCCGCCGCUCGUUUGAAGCUUGAAGAUUCACGACGGAAUGCCUGGUCUGUGCUGGUUUAUGCCUGCGAGAUUCGAGGUGCUUGGGAAUCUGUGGCUCCCGCAACCCGUGCCCACACAUACAUUUAUGGCUCCAUAAACUCUCAGCAGAACAACGCAGAGAGAGAGAGAGAGAGAGUAAAUGGCUUUACGGGCUUCUCCUCCUGCUGCUAGUGUUCUGGCUAAGGCCUCAUCCCGCCGAUCCCUCUUACCACCCCCAAUUCGCUCACCUCCCACUGUGACAAGUACCGUCUCAAGAACGGGCAAACGAGGAAGCUUCUCUGGCGUUGCUAUCUCUCGUUGCUCCCUCUCCGGUAGCCUACGCAUGGAGAGCUUUUGGCAUUUUUAUGCUGGGAGUGCCAAGGCUUCAACAUCUGGAGUAAAUCCUUCAAGUGAAGGGGAUGAUAUAAGUCAGAUGCUUGAAGGUUUAGAAGUAAAUAACAACAAUUUAAGGACAUCAUUCCUGGCAAAAUUAGCAGUUACUCUUGGUAUAGCAGCAACAGUUACUUUGGUAUCUGUUUGCAAGUGGCCACCAUCAGGAUCAUCCUUCCAGUUACCACAUUUUGUUAAUAGUUCAUCCCAGUCAGUUCCGGUGCCAACGCCAAAUGGUUUCACCUUGACAAUUUUUGGAUGUAGGAUUAUUUUACCAGAACAUACUCCAGGAUGGGUCUACUUUUGGUUGCUAAUGGCUGCUGGAUGUGGACUUUUCAUUAGUGAGGAAGCACUAAAUGUUUGGGUUGGCAUAUCUUUGGCAAGAAAUCUAUCUCUGGAUGGAAAUUGGAAAUCAUUAGUUAAGUCAUUUUCAGCAAAUGCUUCAUAUGUCAUAUCCACAAUAUUAUGGGUUUACUGGGGUGUUUGCAUUAGUGAUAUGAUACCAUUUUACUUAGGAAAGCUAUUUAGGCAGACCAAGGCAUCUGAGGGUAUAUGUACCAAGUUGGGAAUUGGCAAGGAGAAAGCUAUGAGCAUUAUCAGAGCACUACAAAAAUAUGGAAACCUGAUUGGCUUUGUUGAACGGUUUUCUCUUGGAAUACGGAAUCCCAUGGCAUUUCUAGCAGGAGCAUGGGGAAUACCCUCAGAGUGCUUUUUUGCUGGAGUUUGCUGUGGUGGUUUAAUUACUCUUCCGAGUCAGUUGGCCAUUGGUUUUUUGCUGAGAGAACGACCAGUCGUGGCACUUGCAAGUGUUGCAACAGCUGUGGGCAUAUGGACUUUAUUUCCGUACUUGAUUGUGGCAUCAACAGCGUUUGUUGUUUUCCUUCGUCAACAUGGCUCUAACUAAUACUACUUUAUUCAGAAUUUUAUGGCAUUUUGUAAAUUGUUGGAAAAGUCUGCUUCUUUAUAGGAAGUAUCCAGUUUAGGAUGCAGUUCUCUUUGUAACAUCAGUGCUCAAUUUUUGUUUUCGUCAAGCAUGAAUGAUGGUUCAAAUUUUACUAAUCUACUGUUCUACGAUAGUACAGUCUGUUUGAAUCUGAAGUUUAUGUGCCUUCAUGUAAAUAACCAAGCUUCUCUUUUAUUACCA